AUGACUGACUCAGAGCGAACCUUCCUAGAUGUCGCCAUCAUGGAAGUCCUACCACAACUUCAAGCAGUAAACAAAAACAUCCUGGAAGAGCACUUGCAGUCCAUUGGAGUCGAGACAUAUGAUGAUCUACGCUUCUUCACUAUCAUCUGUGGAAGCCUCACCUACCCAAUCGCUGCCAACGCUCUCUGUUUCACCCCAAAGUUCAACCAAACAGACGAGAUCCCAUUAGAAGAUAGAGCAGCAAUGCAGGACACUUAUGGGUGCAUUAAAUGGAAUGUAAAAUUUCUGCCCCUUGAAGAAACUCAAGAGAGCCAGCAGCAAAAGAUGGAAAAACUUAAGGUGAUGUUCCAACACUCUGAUGCCAAUCCAGAGGAGGUAAAAUGUUUAAUGAAGUCCACAUUUUACACACAGCGUCAACAUGUCAACCAGGGAAAAAGUAUCAAAUGCCUUAGAGAGGAGUGGCCGUUUUGGUUUGAUGAACUUGGCAUGUCAGUCCACUUUAUGGAACUCACUGGGAUUGACCUCAAAGAGACAUUCACACGAAAUUUGGAUUUGAAAGGAAAAAGGCUUCUCGACUACUUGACCACAGUUUGUGUCAACAAGAGCAAGAAAUUCCUUCAGAAUUAUGCAAGGCUUCAGAGGAUGCGGGGACUCCAGAGUGGCUGUUCAGAUGACGUGAUAGAGAUGACCCUGCUUCUGCUCAGCUACUUUGAUGAGAAGGAGUCCAUGUUCUUCCAUGUAGAAGAUACAUGUCUGGCAGAAGAGGUCCAACUGGAGCAAGUGCCUCUGACACCCGUUGUUAUUGUCUGUGGACAGUCCUGCUAUUCCUCCACAAGGUACAUGCUGAGUCUGGAUCGGAACCUUAUUAACACAAACAUCUCCUCCUUCAUUUCUGCACUGUGCCUCAUGUUCGGGAGCUACUACUGUUUUAAUAUUCACUAUCCAUCUGAGCUGGCUUCAACUCUGGAGUUUCUUCAAAGGUGAGUAAACAUAGCUUACUCAUUUCUCAGACCUGGGACUCCGGGACCUGGAGUCUGGCUCAGAGGUCCUGGUCUUAAUCCGGACCUUAACUAAGGCCGGGACUCAAGACCGAGAGUCAGACCCAGACUAAGAUCUGGACUCGAGCCC